AUCAUAUCUCUCUCUUUUUUUCUCUCUGAGUGUCAGCCCUGAUAAACCAAGCAAUUUAUUCAUCGGAACGCUUGCUACUCGUUUAGUCAUCAAUAAAUAAAUGACAAUGUCACAUCUACUGUCAAAGAAAUGUGCUUGUUAUUUUUCUUGGUUUCAUAUAAGGAGACAUUUAGUGACUGACCCUAAAUAUGGGUUUUUAAAACAAUUAGGUAUUACUUUUGAGAAUCCUGGACUUUACGAUGGAAAUUGGAGUGGAUCUGGCAAGUGGAUAGAAUCAAUAUCACCAGCUACUGGAAAAGUAAUAGCGAAAGUAUGCGAAUCCACAUCGCAAGAAGCCAGUGAAGUUAUAAAAAAAACACACGAAGCAUGGUCGCAAUGGGCAUCUAUUCCAGCACCAGUAAGAGGAAAUAUUGUACGACAAAUAGGAAAUGAACUCCGAAGAAAUUUGAAACCGCUAGGGCAUUUAAUAUCUUUAGAAAUGGGAAAGAUUUUACCGGAAGCUAUAGGCGAAGUUCAAGAAUUCAUUGAUAUAUGCGAUUAUGCGGUCGGACUAUCGCGAAUGUUUAGCGGCCGUCUGUUUCCAUCAGAGAGAGAAAAUCACAUACUUAUGGAGAAAUGGAACCCUUUAGGUGUGGUCGGCGUUAUCUCCGCAUUUAAUUUUCCUAUAGCGGUAUAUGGUUGGAACAGCGCUAUCGCUAUGGUUUGCGGUAACACCAUUGUUUGGAAAGGAGCAUUAAGCACACCUUUAGUAGCUAUCGCAACCACCAAAAUAAUCGCAGGUGUCUUAGAAAGUAAUGGUAUUCCGGGUUCCGUUGCGUCUUUGAUUACAGGUGGACCAGAUGUUGGAGAGACUUUAGUGAACGAUAAUCGGGUAUCUCUUAUUUCGUUCACUGGAAGUACAAACACAGGAAGACAAGUGGCUCUUAAAGUUCAGCAAAGAUUUGGGAAAUCUUUAUUGGAGCUUGGUGGUAACAACGCAUUGAUUCUUGCAGAAGAUGCCAAUUUAGAAAUGGCAGUGAGAGCAGCAGUUUUUUCAUGCGUUGGAACAGCUGGACAAAGAUGUACUACAACCAGGAGAUUAAUAUUGCAUAAAAAAGUAAAAGACAAAUUUUUAGAAAAGUUAAAAAUUGCUUAUAAAAGUAUAUUAGAACAAAUCGGAGAUCCAUUAGAUGAUGGUGUGUUAUAUGGACCAUUGCAUAAUCAAAAAGCGGUUAAUGCAUUCAAGACGACAAUUCAGAAAGCUGUAACAGCCGGCGGCACGAUCGAGUUUGGUGGAAAACAAAUAGAACGACCCGGUUUUUACGUUGAACCAACAAUUAUCUCGGGUUUGUCGAUAGAAACCGAGGUAGUGCAACAAGAAACUUUCGCUCCAAUCGUUUACAUCCUAGAUGUAAACGAUUUAGAUGAAGCUAUUAAUCUUAACAACUGCGUAGAGCAAGGAUUGAGCAGUAGUCUUUUUACUAAAAGCAUCAAAAAUAUAUUUGAGUGGAUCGGUCCUCAAGGAUCAGACUGUGGUAUAAUCAACGUUAACAUUGGCACUAGCGGUGCCGAAAUAGGUGGUGCGUUUGGUGGGGAGAAGGCUACAGGUGGAGGCCGAGAAAGCGGAAGCGACGCAUGGAAGCAUUAUAUGCGACGUGCGACAAUAACAAUCAAUUACGGAAACGAACUACCGCUAGCUCAGGGCAUUAAGUUUGAGUAAAAUUUUAAAAAGCGCAU